AUGGAAAGGCCAGGUCAGCAUCCAUUUUGGGCCAAACGCGUUGUAUCAUUUAUUUUGUGUUCGCGUGGGCUUUUGUUUAGUCAAACCCAUCCCGUGAUGUAUCAACUUGCUCAUGAUGAAACACCGCGUUAUCUCUUAGGGUUAGCGGAGGUAGUCUUCCCAUCUCCAGAAUUGAACGGCGACUUCGGUUGCGCGACCGAUCUUUCAUCUUCUUCCUUACCAUACCAUGGUGUUGGUAGUGAGAAUCUUAUUGGAGAGAUCAUCCGCUUGAAGGAGAUUCUGCCACCAUCCAAGGUUUGUAUCUCUCAUAUACGUUGGAUCUGUAGAAGUGAGAUACUUUUAACUGAUGUUUUGCAACUUCCAGUUUACGAGGAGACAGCUGGAUUGACGGUUAAUGAUCAUGUUCUUCGAACCCACAAGCCUCUUUCUGUGGAGCUUGGACUAGGAAUAUUGGGAAACAUCUUCGAUGUAAUUCAGGUGAGGCCUUUGAAGAAUAUUACAAAAAGAUCUGGUGAUGUGUACAUCCUCGUGGUGUGUAUGUUCCAGCUCUUGAGCCUAAUGAUUUUGUCGAGGUAG